AUGGCGGCUCCCUUGACUCUACUGCUGAUUGUAGCCGUUACUGUCCGAGCAGCUCUUUAUAGAUCAAGUUUAGCGGAUUUAAUCUCGGAGCGGGUGGAGGUGGUGUCUCCGUUAACGGCCUGGAAGAGAGUUGUUGAAGGCCUGGCUCUGCUGGACCUUGGAGUCUCGCCGUACUCUGGAGAUGUUUUCCACGAGACUCCUCUCAUCAUUUACCUUUUUCACUUUGUGGUCGACUACGCCGAGAUCACCUUCAUAUUAGCAGAUGUGAUCACUGCUGUGGCUCUCUACAUCGCUGUCAAAGACUACAACAAACAAGUGUUCAGGAAGCAGAAGUUUGCCCUGGAGGCGGACCGGUACCCUCUGGACUGUCUGGAGCUGAUCAGGAGUCCCAUAGAGAUGUACUACAUCCCUCUGAAAGUCGCCAUGUUCUACCUGUUGAACCCGUUCACCAUCCUGUCCUGUGUCGCCAAGUCAACCUGCGGCCUCAACAACGCUGUCAUCGCCCUCUUCUUUCUCUCCACCAUAAAAGGAAACGUCUUACUGAGCGCCAUCUUCCUGUCUUUGGCGACGUAUCAGUCCAUCUAUCCUCUGACUCUCUGUGCUCCGGCUCUGCUCUACCUGAUGCAGCGUCAGUACAUCCCUGUGAACUUCCGUCGAGCGAGUUUCUGGUGGUUCAUCGUCCAGUACGCCUUCAUGUACCUGGGCAGCCUCUUCGUCAUCGUCUGCCUCUCUUUCUUCCUGCUGGGCUCAUGGGACUACCUGCCCUCCGUCUACGGCUUCAUUCUCUCAGUGCCAGAUCUGACCCCAAACAUCGGCCUCUUCUGGUAUUUCUUCGCUGAGAUGUUCGAACACUUCCGCCUCUUCUUCCUCUGCGUCUUUCAGAUCAACGUCUUCUUCUACACCAUCCCUCUGUCCGUUAAACUCAAGGAGCACCCGGUGUUUCUGAUCUUCAUGCAGCUAGCAGUGAUCUCCAUCUUUAAGUCAUACCCCACAGUGGGAGACAUCGCCCUCUACAUGGCCUUCCUGCCUGUGUGGAGUCACCUGCACAGAUUCCUCAGGAACAUCUUCCUUGUGUCCAUUGUCCUGUUGGCGUGCUCUGCUCUGUUUCCUGUCCUCUGGCACCUCUGGAUCUACUCCGGCAGCGCCAACUCAAACUUCUACUACGCCAUAACGCUGCUCUUCAACGUGGCUCAGAUCCUGCUGGUUUCCGAUUAUUUCUACGCCUUCUUGAGGAGGGAGCACCAUCUCACCUACGGACUCUACCUGAAGAGGAAAGACGGCUCAGAGGCCACGCUCAUCCUCAAAUAAAAACUCCGACAGUCUGAUUAGACACCCUGCUGAAGGUCCCGCUGAUCCUCAAAGGGAACGAACACAAAAGGAGGAGGGCCUUCAGAAACACGCCGCUCUGCUGACAGAACAUUUACAAUCUUGCAGACGGCGUCUGAUACGACAACGUGCAAACUGUGAGUCACACCACACUACAUGACAAACACCUGCAGGGAGGGGAAACGUUCGUCUAAUUUUGGAGCCUCGUCCUACCUGGAACAAGCGCUCAGGACGUCCAGCUCUCACGCCAUUUCUUUGUUUUGUAUUGUUUGUUUGAUUUUGUUUGUGUUUAAACUGACCCAUAAGAGGAAGGAAAAGAAGAGGAAGUACUCUUUAGUGAUUGAAUGGAAGCCUAAAUGCUCUUUUCUUGCUGUUUUAUCCUGUUAACCUCAUUUACCAACCUGCUCUUCAAUGAACAAAUCCUGAUUAUCAGUGUUUUAUAUUAUUCUGAGGUCAGAUGCCAUGAUCUUUAUGUCUGUUACAUGUUAGGCGACUACAGAGCCACGGCACAUGGGUACCUGACAAAUUUUCACCGACGUGAUGAUUAUGGAGGGAGGAAAGGUGUGGCUAUACGAUGCCUGGAAGCAAACAUACUGUAAUAACUGUACUGUGUUUAUCCACCCAAACUUAAAGAUGAAUGAUACACUAGCUCCAUCCUCAAGCUCUGCACACAAGUAGUGGAACACAUCCUCCUUUGAUGAUGUCAUCUGUCAAAGCUCAUUGGUUCUUUGCAGUCAUGUGAUUCUGAUGACCAUGUGGGAGACAGCCAGUAGGGAUGAAUGGAACCAGAGAAAAGUUAGUACUUUAAAGCUCUACAUUGAGUACGAUCCCUACACUUUCAAAGACAGUGAUUUUUUUUUCCCACUGUUUAUCUGAUUUACCUGGAGAAGAGGUGAUCAUUAUCACAAAUACUCAGUCCUGCAGACCUCCUGGUGUGGUCUAUCCAGAUAAAGAAAGACCAGAGUCUAGAGGAGUCUAGUACAGAGCUAAGAUGCUAGCUGAGCCUCUUUAACAUAUAAAAAUCCUCAUUUAGUCACAAACAUGCAGUAAACAGUGAUGAUGUCAGUAAGAAUGAGCAGUUCAUGAACGAGCCUGUUCUACCAAACAACUCUUUAUUGUGAGCCGCUUUAGUUAGCUUCUGCUUGAAUGCCAGUUUCCUUUCCUCCUCUUUUAUUUAAUCCACAUUUAUAAAGCCAAACUGAUAUCAGAUAAAGAGCAACCAGCUCUACUGAGCUAAGCUAAAUGAUCUGGAUCUCUAAAAAGAGGUGGAUUUCCCAUCACAAUGAGAGAGACUGGACGGACAUCAGCUGAGGGUAAUAUCAGAAUUUAAUGAGCUAAUCAUCCAGGCUUUAGAUGGAGGAUUUUUAAUUCCUGCCUGCUGACGUUUUUCUGUGAGUUUUAUACCUAUAAAAAAAGCCUGAAUAUUUCACUACUUUCAGUAUGCAAAAGUAGUUAAAAGAAUUAAGAAUGUUUUUAUUUUCCCCCUUUGAACACUUGGUAUAGUUAUAAACAUCUCAAAACAUGGCCUUUUGUAGCGUUUUGUAUGCAGAAAUCACUUCUUCCCCCCCAACAGGAGUUCUCCACUACGUGACGUCAACUGCAAAAGAACGACUCUGAACUUCUAGCUAACAAAAAUGGAGGGAGAAAGCCCCCAACAUCCCCAGCUUCACCAAUAUUUCGUCCUCUGCCUUUGAUGAUGUCACGCUUUAAUGCCUUUGAUCAGCCAUGUAACGAUGAUGUCAUCAAAGCUCAUAAAACACUCCAUCCUUGCCUUUUACAUCCAGACCAAUCUAGGCCUCUUAGUUGUCAUUUCAAUGUAAACAGUACCCAACAAGAUUUAUUAUCUAGGUAUAUCAGUACGUCUUUUCAAAGUUAUGACAAAUGAGGGAGAAAAGCAGUUAAAAAGGCACCGCUAAUUGGCCCCUGUUGAUUCGUAUUAGCCACAGAGAUGAUGUAUGGGCUGUUUGAUGAAGAGGAGGGACGGUGAGUUCUGAAGUCCGUCUCUCAGCAUCUGAAUGACCACAUAAAACCAGAAACAGGGAAUGUUUUCUAUGUAAUAACUAAUCUUCCUCUAACACAGAAUUUAUUUUCAGUCAUUAUUUUUGCCUUAAACUGCCUCGCUAACUACUGAUGGUAUGAAGAAUGAUUUUACAUUUUGUAAUAUGAAGCCCACGCAUGAAUGUUUUUGUUCUCCUGGCCUCCAUUUAAAACUUUAAUGCAUAAAAUAAACCUUUGCCCUUUGACCUCCAAAUCUCAUCAGUUCAUGGUUGAGUUGGAAAACUGAGAUAUAACAUUCAUAAGAAAGGGACGUGGUUAACAGUGGUGCUGAAGCCUCAUAAACAAGCUAACAGUCAUCUAGACUGGAAAUAUGAACGAACUCAUUCACAGAAUGUUUGGUUCAGUUGCUUUUCCAUUUUUGUGAAGGUUCCCAUUUUACACCAAUGAAUGUUGGCCAUUGUGUGAUUAUUUUAUUUGUCUGCAGCACUAAUAUUUUUCAUUAUGUUUAGUCCAUUAAAGAAGAAGCUCUUCUGUUGUUUUGAUACCGUCUGUAAAAUAUAUUUGGGUGUUUGGUCUGAAAGGGCUGAUGUGAUAUUUAACGAAUGAAUGAACAUGUUGUAAAUAAUGAUUA